GGCGCGCCGCCCGCUCGGCCCCUUUCAUUGGCGGCCGCAACUCCCUCGGAGCCCCCGCCGGCCAAUCCGCGCCGCGCCGCAAACUUUCUCGGCCAAUGGCGCGCGGCCGGGGCGGGGCCGGGGCGUGCCGGCUGGCCGGGCGCACGUGUGCGCGGGUGCGGAGGGGCGCGGAGCCCCCGGCCUUGCGCAGCCCCCGCGCCCGGCACCCCGCUGCUUCACGGCGAGGGCUGCGGAACAGAAGGGAAAAAGGAAAGAGGAAAGAAAGAAAAAGGGAAAGAAGAAGAAAAAAGGAAAAAGGGAAAGAAAAAGGGAAAGAAAAAAGAAAGAAAAAGGGAAAGAAAAAGAAAGAAAAAGGGAAAGAAAAAGAAAAAAGAAAAGGAAAGAAAAAGGGAAAGAAAAAGAAAAAAGAAAAGGAAAGAAAAAGGGAAAGAAAAAGAAAAAGGGAAAGAAAAAAGAAAGAAAAAGGGAAAGAAAAAGAAAGAAAAAGGGAAAGAAAAAGAAAAAGGAAAGAAAAAGGGAAAGAAAAAGAAAGAAAAAGGGAAAGAAAAAGAAAAAGGAAAGAAAAAGGGAAAGAGAGAAAAAAGAAAAAGGGAAAGAGAAAGAAAAAAGAAAAGGAAAGAAAAAGGGAAAGAAAAAGAAAAAAGAAAAGGAAAGAAAAAGGGAAAGAAAAAAGAAAAGAAAAAGGGAAAGAGAAAAGAAAGAGAAAGGGAAAGAGAAAAAACAAAAAGGGAAAGAAAAAGAGAAAGAAAAAGGGAAAGAGAAAGAAAAAAAGAAAAAGGGAAAGAAAAAAGAGAAAGAGAAAGGGAAAGAGAAAGAAAAAAGAAAAAGGGAAAGAAAAAGGAGAAAGAAAAAGGGAAACAAAAAGAAAAAAGAAAAGUAAAGAAAAAGAGGAAGAAAAAGGGAAACAAAAAAACAAAAGGGAAAGAAAAAAGAGUGCCCCAAGGAUACCUUUAGCCCCUUCCCCAGCCCGAGUCCGGGGCCGCUCCCCCCCGCGCCCCUCCUGCGAUGGCAGAGGAAAGGCCGCAGCCGCCCAGGCCCUGUCUGAGGCGGACUGACGUCCCCCCGAGCCCUGCCGGCGCUGCUCUGUACGAAGUGCCUGUUAAAUGUGAAAGAACAGUCUUUUACCUCUCGGUUUUCUCCGUGUGAAGCAGCAGGGUCUCCUCCAGCGCUCCCAGCAAACCACGCUGCCUGCGCCUGCCCCGCGCCUGCGCCUGCCCCGCGCGGAGGUCCGAACACAGGGCCCCUUUGUGCGGGGAAAGCGAGAGGCUCCUGGCGCGGGUGCGCUCGGCGCUGCCCCGGCCCCCCUUCCUCUCUCCCCCGGUGUUCCCGCUUCCCAGCCCUGAGCCCGGGAACGGGGGAAGCCGGCGCUGGAACAACCCAGCCCCGGGGCCGGCUGCCUGCUUACGGCCUGCGACGAAGGCCGACCCGGCGGCACCGCGCACAGAAGCCCAGCUCCACGCCGAACUGCCUCUCUGCAGCCUAACUACAACCUCCUAAGCACUCGUGUGUUACGUCCUCACAUAGCCGGGUACUUUUUCGCGAUUUCUUGCCUGCAUUCCUGCACAAAAUGGACGCAGACGCACUGCACUCUCUUCUACCUGCGCUUUGUUUAAGAGCGCGUCGUGGCUAGUGAUGGCCCUUCUGCCGCCCUGCCCCUGCCUGCGCCCCGGCCGGGUUUGCUGGCGCUCGCGGUGCGCCCUGCCCCAGCACCUGGGCACGCGUUGCAGAAACAACUGAACACGAUUCUUUUUGCAAAAAAGGAAACGGUGAGCCGAGGCAGAGCUGGUGCCUCACGGGGAGGAGGCUGGAAAGAGACGGCCGCACCGGCACUCCCGGCCUCCGGCUCCGCGCUGGCCGGCUGCGGCGGAGGUGAGGGUGUUCUGCGGUUCCCACCACUCGGCCUGCUGCCCCGCCUGCGCGGAGAAACCCCGCCGGGGACAGGGAAACCGGCACGGCGUCUCCCAGCACAGCCUCCUGCCCCAGGUCUCAGCGGGUGCCUCGGCGUGCUCAAUGGCUGUGAUGAUGAUGAUGAUGAAGUAUCUUUUUACAGACUGAGCAAUGCUCGGGCUUUCUCUGCAGCCCCUCUCCGUUUCCAACAACGUCGGCAAGAACGAGGGGCACUGGGUACCGCACAGGGUAUGGCCCUUGGACGGUGCUUUUGUUGAGUUCAACAGAAACAAUCCAGGUGAUAGAGCUGCAUAGGUAACACUGGCCUAACGCAGAAAAUGGGCUGAAGGCAUUUUGGGGCUGGAUAACCGAUGAAUGAAAGCAAUUGAUUAUGUACCCCGAUAGGCACAGUGAGUUUCUAAAUUUUUAGAGGAGAUAUUUGAGUAUAUUUAAAUAGAAGAGAGAUCUUCAAAAUAAUCUGGGUUAAAAUGCUGGUUAAAAAGCAAACAAGGAACCACGCUAAACGCUGGUGAGGAAUUCGGGAGAGAGAAAAUCCCUCUGGGAGAGGGUUUUAACCUGACCUUGCAGAGGCAUUUUGAGACUGAGCAUAGGGAAUAGCACAGGGAUAUUGUUUUUCAAACUCAUGUCAUGGAGGGUGGGCAUUUGGCAGCCAGAGAAAGCAUUUGAAAUGGCAAUGCGAUGACAUUAUCUCAUUUUCCUGAUACACAUAUGCACGUGGAAAAUAGGAGAGAGCUUACGAAGGGAGUUUUCAAACCUGCAGGGCACGGAGGUACGCAGUGAGGGGGGUCUGCGAGCAUUUCCCCUGCCACACACCUUGCGGGUACCCGGCCACGUGCACCCAACAGUGGCUCUGACCAAGGUGCCGCCUCCUUUCAUGUGGUUUCACCCCAAAUCAAGGGACUUCACACCGCUAACAGGCUCCAUCUGCUUCAGAACACAGCCUCUGCCUAACAUAUCCCGUAGCAUCAAGAGCCAAGGAGGGGAAAGCUGCCGCUUUCGUGGCUUCCCCAGACGUUGUGCAGGAUGAGAUGCCGCCAGUCAGGGCUCGUCCCUGCCAGGGACGGCGGCGGUGCCUCGGCCCGCUGGGCCCGUCGCCCCCGCAGCCUUCGCGUUCGGGGGCAGCUGCUUAGGUGCCUGUUCGACCUCACACUGGCUCACAUCAGAGAGACGUAUUUCAUACGAGCAUGGAGAGAAAGUGCUUUGUUUACUGAUGGCAAAUGCAUGUUGCAGGGAUACUUUGCAGUUGCUUUCUUCACACAGAAGGGCUAGUUUUAUUUUUGGUUUUCAUUUUUAGUUUUAAAUAGCAGUUGUGAAGAUGCGCGCACAGCACGCCAAGGCGGAUGAAGAGACUUCCCCAGCGUAACAAACGCUAUUCGUCAGCGUGUAAACAAUGGUUUGCACAACGUGCAAUUAGGCUGCUUAAUUUCUUAUUAUUCAAAGAUGACAAAACCAAGAUUUGAGUAAGAUUCAAAAAUAUUCUAGAUGCUUGUAUCUACAACAAAAACAUCUGAAAUUGUUAUAAUUAAUGAUAACACACAGCAGUUAUGGCAACCUGCAACUAUUUGUAGUCAGAAUGAGACACACUAUCACGGGCAGAGUAUUUCCAACCCCCUACCAAGAACACCUUCCGAAGCACCUGAGAGUGGCUGCUGUCGGAGCUGGGAAACUGGCCCAAGCUGGAUUUUAAAUAUUUUCAUUUCUGGGUUCUAGCUGACUCAGUCUGUCAUCAGGAGUGAACAGUCACAAGUGUCUUUGAGGAUGGGAUUUGCUUUUAGCGUCACAGCAGAUUGCUAAGCAGAGAUAAAUGCAGGAAGAGAAGCACUUCCCAUCAGAGACGAAGGAAAGUUAGAGCCUGCAUGGAGGAAGGCUUGAAUGCACAAACUGUGUCACGGGAAGGAUUCCAGAGUAAGUUAUCACCGACGGCCUCUGAAUAAUGAGUCUGUGCUAUACUUAGUUCCUUGCUAGGAAGAGACAGAAUCAUCCUAUGACUAAACACAGCUAAAUCUCUGUAGUAGUCGUUCUCCGUAAAUUGAUGACAAAUUGACAAAGGGGGAAAGAUGCUCAGUUAUCAGAAAUGGAGCAGCAAGAGAUUUCAGGCUUCCUGUUGACUCACUGGCAGUUUUUAGCAGGACAAAACUAUCCCCGCAGAGGUGUCCUCGGACUAUUGCUUCCUGAAGCGCAUGCAGAGGUCAGCCGAGCUACAAAGACACGGGCUUGUACCCCAGACAAAAAAUAGUUGCUAGCUGAUAUAAUGGCAGUAAGAAGUUGAAAUUAGUAAUCAUUUCUCAACCAGAGUUCCUUUCUUUUUCUGACAAGAUGCUGAAGAUUAAGCUAGACUUCCCGACUCCUUUAAGUUCUUUUUUAUUGGUUUGUCAGGGUCAGGAGUUUACUAGAACCACUGAGGACAGAGGAGGAUAAAACAUAUUAGGUCAUCUGUGGAGAGCCGUCUUUCCUAGUGCAUCAUUCCCUGUGAUUUAAAACGUCUUUAGCAAUACACAUUUCUCAGGUCAGAUCUGUACUUUCUAAGAUAGAUUUUGCAGGGUCCAACUCAGUUGAGUUUGCAGCUUUAUUCAUUAUUUAUAUUCCUGCCACUUACAUUGUUUCAGCCUUGACUUUGAGGAAGACAGCAAGCAAUGUGAGCGCGGCAGCUGCAGCUUUCUGGCCCUUCCGACUUUUGAAUCUGGAGAAUUGAGAUUGUCCUCCCUGCACCUCACCGAAUCCCGAAAGCAUUCAGCUGAGACUCACCUUGGCAGAGGGGUAACAAUUUGCAAGCCUGGCCCUGCGUGGCUUGUGCAUCAAGGUUGCUUCCUUGAGUUGGCAAGCACAGCUAAAAAACAAAAUCUUGUUGCAGCAGAGAUCCACCAAAAGAUGGGAAGACAGGAGUGAAAAAAGAGAAGAGGCCUUCAGGUGGUGAAGGCUCUCUGCUAUCGGAAUUGACAGAAUUCCUCUGUCGUUACGCCUGGCACAUGAUCUGCCAGACUGGGUGGACUGGACUGUGGCUUCCAUCUCCCCUCCUCCCCCCGGGUGUCAGCACACACUGCCUGCGGGUGACAAGGGACACGUGGCAUACGCCUGUUUGAUGACCCACGCAGUGUCUGGUCCUGGCGCUAGGAAUCCAGGUAUGCUCAAUACACUUCUGAGUGUCGGGCGUUGCAUCGGGACUGCCUUUGUAACGGGCACAAACUCCCGCGCUCUUGCCUGUGCUUCUCUGCUGCAGGUCUUGCCAGCCAGCACACGAGUCCUCCUUAACCAGCAGCAGCCUGGCUAGUCCUGCUUAAAGUGCUGCCCAGUUUUUUACUGCAGCUUUAACAACACACAGUGUACAUCAGCCAGAAGGACUGAAGGGAGGCUGGAGGGCUUAAGAGACCAAACCUGCAGAGAGAAGGUUAGAGAGGCUGGAAGCCCUUGUGGAGGAGAGAGGCAGCACCGGGAAGGAGCAGAAAGAUGUUUCUUCAGAUUUUGUGAAUUUCUCCAGGAAUCCCACAUGAAGGAAAGGGCCAGAUUUCUACCCGGAAUUUAUGCUGAAUUGUUUUGUUGUGAAGAAAUAAAAUGCAUCCCUGAAGAAAAAGGAAUGAAUCCUGGAGCUGCAGAAAAUGAAUUUUCAUAUGCUAACCAGAGGAUUGAUGCCACCGGCCUGAAAGAGCUAAUAUGAUCCUCGCAUUGCAAUCAAUACUGCUGCUGGCCCACGGGGCGAGUUCACGCUGAUACCGCUAAUUUAAAAGAGCUCCAUUGGUCUUGCUCCUUGACUGAUACAAGCGAAAAUCUGGCACAGAGACAACAGAAAUGGACAACGACUAUAAAUAUUCAUGAUGCCAUGAAUUAGUUCAAGUUGCAGACAACGCGUUGUAAUGGGUUGGUGUGGACUGCUGCGUGUUUGGUGAUACGAGUCUGUGUAUGGCUUGUGACGUCUUUUGUCUCUUUGAGGAUAGUUUGUGAGCUGCAAAUCAAGAAGAUAACACUAUGCUUAAAGGGAUUUCUUCAAACUAUGCUACAUCAUCUAGUCAAGAAAUUUGUUAUUACAUUCUUGGCUAGUUCUCAAUUUUUCUCUUUUGUACAAACAUAAAGGGCUAAGUGGAGUAGAACACACUGCUCCACAGCUGCUUUUGAUUAAGUUUUUGCCCCUAUUCCAUGAACAUAGUGAUAAAAAUAUAGAUUUGGUUGAAAUCUUUUUAAAGAAAUUUUAAUCCCUUGGACUCUUAAUCAGAGCAAAGCAAUCAAAGGAAAAUAAGACUGAAGAGUAACUAGAAGAAAGUAAUCAAGAAGGCAGACAAAUGACAAUUAAAACCAGGCAGCUCCUUUUCUGUUGAUUAACAAAUAAAACAAGCCAAUUCCUGUA